UAACACUGUGUGUAUGUAGUAGAGCUUUGCCGGCAAUUGGUAGUUCCCGAUCGAGAUCGUUCUAGAGAGAGGUUCUAGAGAGAGAGAGGGGCGGUGGAAUGGGGUUGCCGGAGAACGAAACGACGCCGUAUGUGGGCAUGGUACUAGCCACCACCGCUCAGGUAGGUCUGAUUAUCAUCAGCAAAAGAGCCAUGGCCACCGGAAUGACUAAUUAUACAUUCGUCGCAUAUUCCAAUGCUCUCGCCGCCCUAAUCCUCCUCCCUCUAUCUCUCCUCGUUCACAGGUCAUCAACCCGGCCUCCACUCACUUUCUCGCUGAUUUGGGGGUUUUUCUCAUUAGGUGUUCUUGGGUGUUUGGCACAGUUGACUGGUUAUACUGGAAUUAAUUACACUUCUGCUGCAUUUGCCUCAGCAAUGCUUAAUUUAAUUCCAGGGUUUACCUUUAUACUAGCCGUUAUUUUCGGGAUGGAAAAGCUAGCUUGUAGAAGUUCGAGUUUCUUGGCAAAAGCAAUCGGAACUGUAGUGUCGAUUGCCGGUGCAUUUGUCGUAACUCUCUACAAAGGCCCUCAAAUCUUGACCCUCCAUUCAUCUUCUAAGUUGAAUUAUCCGAAUUUUUAUUUACCGCAAUCAAAUUGGAUAAUAGGAGGGUUAUUUCUUGCAGCUGACUGUGCAGUUGCUUCAGGCUACAUAAUUGUACAGGCAUUAAUUCUUGCGAAAUAUCCAGCAGAGCUGAUUAUAGUCUUCUUUUACUGCUUCUUUGCUGCCAUUUUGUCCACGAUAGUAUCUCUGGUUGUUGAUCGAGACCUUAGUGCUUGGGCAUUGCAACCUAAUAUCAGACUGUUUGCCGUUUUAUAUUCGGGCAUUUUCGGGUCUGCAUUCCAAGUAGGUGUAACCGCAUGGUGUCUGCAUAAAAAGGGUCCUCUUUUCGUUGCAAUGUUUCAUCCGUUGGGAAUCGUGAUAGCAGCUUCGUUGGGUAUUAUCUUCUUGGGCGAUAUUCUCUACCUUGGAAUAUUGGUGGGCUCGAUUAUCAUUGUUAUUGGGUUCUAUUCGGUAAUGUGGGGAAAGGCAAAAGAAGUAAAGGUGGUCGAAAACAGUGAAAAAGCCCCUCUUUUGACAACCGAUGAAGAUCCGAUUCGAGUUUAGUGGCAAAAAAACAGAGCUAAAAAUGGCUGCAGAUUAAUGGAAGUAGUCAAAAGGGCACCACUGUGUGUUGACAAGAGAAAGAGGGGUUGUCCGAAAAACAUGGGGGCCAUGACCCCUCCCUGAAGAUUUUGCAGUUGGUAUUUUAUAUAUAUUUGUGCUAUCUUAUUGUUUAAAAGCCAGCUGAAAACAGCUACAACUCAGUAAUUAUUCCUUUGAAGGAUAUAUAUAUUCAUAUAUGUGUAAAUUAAAUUUCACGGUAAAUUGUUGGUGAAGGGAAAAGCCUGAUGUAUAUAAAUUAUUAUUAUUAAAUAGGAUUUUAUUUAAUUUUUGUU